AAUUGCAAAUUUAAGUUAGGUUAACGUCAGAACAACUGUUUAGCAUCGUCACCCAUCUCGAGCAUUCAAAACCCAGAAGUUUUCACUAAAAACAGCGUUAAGUGCUAGCCAGUCAAGAUGAAUAUCACUUCCGCGGCCGGGAUAAUCUCCCUGCUGGAAGAACCGCGCCCUGAGAUGAAGGUCUUCGCCCUUAAGAAGCUGGACAACAUUGUGGAUGAAUUCUGGCCUGAGAUUAGCGACGCCAUAGAAAAGAUCGAGAUUUUGCACGAAGACAAACUCUUCAACCAGCAUGAAUUAGCUGCAUUGGUGGCAAGUAAGGUAUACUAUCAUCUAGGUUCAUUUGAAGACUCCUUAACCUAUGCAUUGGGUGCUGGAGACUUGUUUGAUGUGAACUCUAGGUCUGAGUAUGUGGAAACCAUCAUUGCAAAAUGCAUUGAUUUCUAUACACAAGCUCGCAUUGGCGGUAGUCAAAUUGACCCACGCCUGGAGGCGAUUGUCAAUCGUAUGUUCCAGCGGUGUCUUGACGAUGGUCAAUUCCGUCAGGCAGUUGGUCUCGCUCUGGAAACCCGCCGGAUGGAUAUCUUUGAAGCUGCAAUCACACAGAGUGAUGACAUUGCAGGUAUGUUGGUCUAUGCGUUUCAAGUUGCAAUGAGCUUGAUUCAAAACCGUGGCUUCCGUAACACCGUCUUGAUGACUUUGGUAAGCCUCUACAAAGGUUUAACUACCCCUGACUAUGUCAACAUGUGUCAAUGUUUGAUCUUCUUGGAAGACCCGCUUGCCGUGGCUAGUAUUCUUGACAAGUUGGCGCAGGGCCAAGAGGAGAGUCAGUUGAUGGCGUAUCAAAUUGCGUUUGAUUUGUACGAAUCGGCCACUCAGCAGUUUUUGGGCAAUGUAUUAGAGGCUUUGCGCGCAACAGUCCCGAUUCCGUCCUUGUUAGAAAACAAACUGAAGCCGAAAACGCCCGUUGCCGAAGGGGAAGCUCCCACUACCAUGGAGACCGAAUCUGAAGAGGACAAAACCACGACCACAGCACCUGCAGCCACUGAAGAGAAAACCAUAGAGUCCCUCACCCCCGCCGAAAAAGAUCACCAGCUUAGGGUGGAAAAACUACACAGUAUACUCUCUGGUGAGGUGAGCAUUGAAUUACACCUUCAGUUUUUGAUCAGGUCCAAUCACGCUGAUCUGUUGAUUCUGAAACAAACGAAAGAAGCCAUUCGUGUAUCGAUUUGCCACACUGCAACUGUGAUUGCAAAUGGUUUCAUGCACUCUGGAACAACAUCCGAUCAAUUCCUGCGUGAUAAUCUCGAAUGGUUAGCGCGAGCGACCAACUGGGCGAAAUUGACGGCAACUGCAUCACUGGGAGUUAUUCAUCGGGGUCACGAACAAGAGGCGUUGACUUUGAUGCAAAGCUAUCUUCCAAAAGAGGUAGGACCUAGUUCCGGAUACUCUGAAGGUGGUGGUUUGUAUGCACUGGGGUUGAUUCAUGCUAACCACGGUGCUAAUAUCACUGACUACCUCCUGGGGCAACUAAAAGAUGCUCAGAAUGAGAUGGUGCGGCAUGGUGGUUGCUUGGGAUUAGGUUUAGCUGCUAUGGGAACCCACCGACAGGAUGUUUAUGAACAACUUAAAUUUAAUCUGUAUCAAGAUGAUGCCGCCACUGGGGAAGCCGCUGGUAUUGCCAUGGGAAUGGUAAUGUUGGGCUCCAAGAACGCCAUGUCUAUUGAAGAUAUGGUUGGGUAUGCUCAGGAGUCUCAACACGAGAAAAUCCUCCGUGGUUUAGCUGUCGGUAUUGCUUUCACGAUGUACGGACGCUUGGAGGAAGCGGAUCCAUUGAUUACGCAAUUAACCAGCGCUAAGGAUCCAAUUCUUAGAAGGUCUGGUAUGUAUACGCUUGCGAUGGCGUACUGUGGAACUGGUCACAACCAGGCCAUCAGGAAGUUGUUGCAUGUCGCUGUGAGUGACGUGAACGAUGAUGUGAGGCGUGCGGCUGUGACCGCGCUCGGAUUUUUGUUGUUUAGAACACCCGAGCAAUGUCCAUCUGUGGUCUCCCUGUUGGCGGAGAGUUAUAAUCCUCAUGUGAGGUAUGGCGCUGCAAUGGCAUUGGGUAUCGCUUGUGCUGGUACCGGCCUACGGGAAGCAAUUGCUCUUCUCGAACCGAUGGUCAUGUUCGAUCCAGUGAACUUCGUGCGUCAAGGCGCUUUGAUUGCAUCUGCUAUGAUUCUAAUCCAGCAGACGGAAGCUACCUGCCCCAAAGUGACGUUCUUCAGGCAGUCCUAUGCGCAGGUUAUUACGAAUAAGCAUGAAGAUGUAAUGGCGAAGUUUGGAGCGAUUCUGGCUCAGGGAAUUAUUGAUGCUGGUGGCAGGAAUGUCACUUUGAGUCUGCAAUCUAGAACUGGUCACACUAACAUGUUGGCAGUGGUUGGAGCGUUGGUCUUCACCCAGUACUGGUAUUGGUUCCCGCUGGCGCAUUGUUUGGCACUGGCGUUCACACCAACCUGCCUGAUUGCUUUGAACGCUCAACUUAAAAUGCCUAAGCUAGAUAUCAAGUCAAGUGCUAAGCCUUCACUCUAUGCUUAUCCAGCUCCACUGGAAGAAAAGAAACGCGAAGAGCGCGAGAAAGUCACCACCGCUGUACUGUCAAUCGCGGCUAAACAGCGUCGUAGAGAUCAUGACAAGAAGCAGCAUAAGGAUGAGAAGAUGGAAGUGGAUGAUGAUAAAGAAAAGGAAAAAGACAAGAAGGACGAUAAGGAGAAAGAAAAGGCUAAGGAAGACAAAGACGAUAAAAAGACCGAAAAGAAAGCGGAUGAUAAGUCCGAUAAAGCUGAAAAGUCUGAUAAGCCUGACGAAAAGAAGAAGGAACCCGAGCCCACUUUCGAAAACCUCAGCAAUCCUGCGCGUGUGAUGCGCCAACAACUUAAAGUCAUCAGUGUAGCCGAAGGUAGCCAGUACGUGCCCAUGAAGGACGUGUCCAUCGGUGGCAUCGUAAUGGUGAGAAACCUCAAACCCGGCGAAGAGGAGCUCGUAGAGCCCGUCGCUGCGUUUGGCCCGAAGGCCGAUGACGAGAAAGAACCCGAACCGCCAGAGCCUUUCCAAUGGAUCGAAGACUAAAUUUUAACCAGCGUAACACUAGCAACAGUAACAUAAUCUUAAAUUUAAAUAUUUUUUUGUAACAUCUAAGUCUACAGUUUCAAGAGAGGAAGUUUGAAUAAAAGUCUUGUUUGUCUUAAUACAAAAUAUAUACAUUUCAGCGAUGAA